AUGGUAUUGACAACUGUUCUUCCCAUCGCCGGUGGCUUACUUUGCGCCUUCUUGUUCUAUGCGUUCGUCUUCGUUGGCCGACGCGAGAAAGGCCUUCCUCCCGGCCCGCCCACCACAGCCAUCAUAGGCAACGCUCAUGAUAUACCCACCAAAGGUUCAUAUCUGAAGUUCACAGAAUGGGCUAAGACCUACGGCGGCAUCUUCUCGCUCAAACUGGGCCCAGCUACCGCCAUCGUCCUGACAGACCGGCAUCUCGUCAAACAACUCAUCGACAAGAAAUCAGGCAUUUACAGCAACCGCCCGCACAGCUACGUCUCCCACAAUCUGAUCACUGGAGGCGACCACGUGCUCGUAGCGCACUAUGGUAAGGUCUGGCAGCGCUACCGCAAAGUCAUCCACCAGCACUUCAUGGAGAGCAUCGUCAUGAAAGAUCAUUUGCCCCUACAGCAAGCUGAGGCCAGCCAACUGCUUCACGACUUCCUGGUCCAGCCGGACCAGCACAUGUGGCAUCCAAAGAGGUACACGAACAGCAUCGCGUGCGGGACAAUCUGGGGUGUGCGCAGUCCCACGAUUGACACCGAGCACAUGCACCGUCUGUACAGUUUGAUGGAAGAUUGGUCCGUCGUGAUGGAACCAGGUAGGACACCGCCAGUGGAUAUCUUCCCAGCAUUGCAUUAUGUUCCAGAGGCUGUCUUUGGCAACUGGCGGUCCCGCGCGAGUGAAGUUGGAAAAGCCAUGAAUGGGCUGUACAACGACAUGCUCACGGGACUCGAAAAGAGGCGCAAGGCGGUCGGACCCAAGUACAGCUUCAUGGACAGGGUUCUUGAUCAAAAAGACAAGCUCGAAUUGACCAGGCAUCAAUUGUACUUCUUAGGUGGAACGAUGAUGGAGGGCGCAAGUGAUACAAGUUCAAGUAUCAUUCUCGCCGCCAUACAGGCGUUCAUCAAGUGGCCAGAGGUGCUGCGGAAGGCACAAAAGGAAAUCGACAGUGUUGUCGGUGAAGACAGAAGUCCCGUUUGGUCGGACUACGCAAGUAUGCCGUACGUGGCAGCCACUGUCAAAGAAGCGAUGAGAUGGCGUCCAGUGGUACCCUUGGCAUUUCCACAUGCUGUAGACCAAGAUGACUGGAUUGACGGAUACAGGAUCCCAAAAGGCUCGGUGAUCUUCAUCAACGCCUGGGGCAUGCACCACGACGAGAAGUACUUCCCUAACCCUGAUGUGUUUGACCCGGAUCAUUACAAAGGCGUCACAGCAUUGGCGUCGGAGUUAGCCCAAGCCACAAACCCAGAUGAUAGAGACCACUAUGGCUACGGCUCAGGUAGACGCCUGUGCCCAGGUAUUCAUCUUGCGGAGAGAAACUUGUUCCUCGCAAUUGCGAAGCUAUUGUGGGCAUUCGACUUCAGGCCCGGAAAGGAUGACAAUGGAAACAUUGUCGAGCCGGACGUCGAUCCCAAAUCAGGCUACAGCGAAGGAUUCUUGAUAUGCGCAAAGCCUUAUGCCCUUGACGUUCAAGUUCGGUCGGAGAAAAGACGGGAGACGAUUCUCAAAGAGUAUGAAGAGGCAAAGAAAGACAUCCUCUCCGCUUAUGAUAGCUAG